UGCAGAAUGACCUUGAUGUGAGUGCAUCAUUGCCCUCACAGCUCCCUCACAACAAUGUCGACGCAAGAUUAUACGAGUGUUCCUAGUGAUGUACAUAUGACUACAAAUGAAGGCACCGGCGAUAGAUGGGAUGACACUGGGCCGAUCAUUGGCGAACUACGGGAAAGGACCGCCAUUGCAAUAAAACUACGUGAUGUUUUUAUUGACAAUAACUUACGACCAAGUCAACGAAUAUUUUGUAUAGGCACAUCUGUCAUAUUGUGCAGUAUCUUGUUCAUAAUAUUUAUAUAUUUGUUACUUGGAUUUAAUCAAGUGAUGCAUGAUAUUACCGUACAAGAACAACAACAAAAUCAAGGACUGCAUAUGAUCCCUGAUCUUGGCACUAAUAUCAGCAAUAGUAUCUUGAAUCUCAUCGGAGAUAAUGUGGCGAAGGGACGAUACAUCGAGAUUAUUCGUGAUUAUCUGGAAGCUUACAAAAAAGAGCAGCUGUCACGAAAGAACUUCACGAAGGAGUGCAGUCCAUUGGAAAAGCCUCCACAUGCUUGGUGCCACUUCCCUUUGAAAAUUUUUGAGGAAGCUGGAUGUACUGAAAACAAUCGGUAUGGGUACGACAGCGGAGAACCAUGCCUGCUGUUCGAAUUGAGAUUGGAGACCAGUUGGACCCCGAAAUUUCAGACCUACGAACACAGACCAAACGUCACCGAUCUGCUACUUAGUUGCAACGUGUAUGAUUUUCCGAAGAGGGAAGAGAGUACGAAUGUGAAGUAUAUCCCAGAAUUUAUUGGUAGUCAUACAUGUGGGGCGUUUCCACUCAAUAAGAUUCCUUCAAGAGCAAUCUCUGAUACCACAGGAAGGGAUGUAGCUGAUGAAAAUGGCGAAACAUUAUAUGAUCAGCCACCAUUGGUAAUGGUGAAGCUACGGCUUUCCAAGAGUAUUCACACCACAGUUCGCUGCUAUGUUGAAAAGAGAUCUGCACAAUACGCUGAUGUUUCGAAUAUUGCCGAAAUGCCAGGAAAUCGUUUUGUUCAGUUUGAUAUCCUGUAUCGAGCAAGAAAAUGGAAAGACUGGAGAAAUUCUCUCGUCGCAGCAGAAUCAAGCCACAACACUUGGUGACCAUAGGAUGUCUCUCCAUGGUACUAGCUUAUAUGGUUUAUCGCUCAAAUAGGCACUUGACAGCGCGUUUUGGACAGUCACAAAGCUAUCAUAUUGAUGAUUUAUUCAAUACGAAGCCAUCAUACCAUCAGCAAAGAAGUGUUGCUGAGGACCAAAUAGAGCAAGUUCUCGAGAAAACUACGGAUGAGGACGCAGCAGAUAAUGGUGAUAAUUUCAGCAGUCACAGGCAGCAAGGGACCGAGCUUGAUCUGGGUCAAAUAACUACAGCAAUAAACAAUGAUCAAAAUCAAGAAGACCUUGAACGCCAAAAUGGAAAUGAUAUCGCGGCGAUUCCUCCCUCAGCACGAGAACAUUUGCAAUUUGUUGAAGAAAUCCCAAAAACUGUCAACAUUACUCUCAACGUAUCAAGUUCAAACUCUGUACCGUUGCCAAAUCUGGAGACUAUUCUGAGUAUGACGACGGAGGAAGUGUCAAGUAGCAGUGUAGCUGAAAUUGUCACUUCACCUACGGACGAUAUUGCUAAUCCAGGCUACGUUAGAAUCCCAGAGGAAACUUCUACGAUUGUUGAGAGCACCUUGCAAGGAAGAGGUUUCGAGGAAAAUCCUACUAAAAAUAUGAACAUUACUGAGACGACGACUAUAGUGAAUCUAGAAGAUAACUCUUUUUCUACAACUACCAGCAGCGGGAAUAAUCUCACAAAAAACAUAAAGGACAGUAAUAACCAAGCAACUAACGAAACUGAACUCUUUGCAAGCACAGCGAAUCAAGUUAAUAACCAAGAAUUGACCACAUCAUAUCAGCACAUUGUGAACUUCGGUGAAAUCAGCAGUCGUGACAAUUAUUCUCAACUCGAGAGGAUAAACCCGUAUGUAACGAUGAAAUU